UCCACACAAUACACAUCUUCGUCACAUCCCCGUUCUUCCACGAACACACAUCCCCUCCUUACACCUCCGCCGCAAUCGCUCAACCUCCACCCUUAACCGCUUGACCUCCGCUCUCCGCUGCUCGACCUGCACUCUUCGCCUGUCUACUGCUGUCCGCCGCUCGACCCUCGUUGUUUGCUGUGCGACCUCCGCUCUCUGCCGCCCAACCUCCGCUCUCCGCCCCUCGGGUGGGCAUCAUCAAUUAACCUCCACUCCAGCCAUCGUCAUCGAGAAAACCCAAAGUUUGAGAGCUCAGGACAUCGAUUUUCGAUAGAGCCUAUCUUAAGUGGAAAUUUGCCUUCUGGCUUCGACCCAAGUACUCGCCGCAGUGUAAUCAUAUUGCAAACCGAUAAUGGUACUCCACUGCUGCAAAUGACGGUAAACAACCAAACGACGGAAGAUAACUCUCAGUACAGUCGUGACUAGACCACCGACUCUCAAAGAUAAGAAAGAAAGAAAAAAGAGGUUUCUUAUUCUCCCUCUGUUAGCUUCUUUUUCUUUUCCUAUGUACGCCCAAUUUUAAGUUUCGUUGAUAGAAUUUGGUGCUUCUUAGCAGUUGGGAGUGUAUUUUUGUAUUGUGUGGCGUUUCAUAUAUUUUGGGGGGGAAAAGUGAAGUUAGCUGAUGUUUGUUUAGAGUAGGUCAAUGUUGUAUGCAGUUUCUCCAGUGAGUCCCUUUACGAGCAGCAGCAGCAGCAUCUGUUACCCUAGAAUCAAUUUUCAUCAGAAGCGUUUAGCUUCAACAAGGCUUAAUAAGGCCUCGGCCUCAGCGGGUCCCAAUGGAGUGAAGAUCGAGUACACUCCAUGGCUGAUUGUUGGCUUGGGCAACCCUGGAAACAAAUAUCAUGGAACUCGACAUAACGUUGGGUUUGAAAUGAUAGAUCGUAUCUCUCAAGAAGAAGGCAUUUUGAUGAACACUAUACAAUCAAAAUCAUUGAUUGGCAUAGAUGUUAAACUCCAACUAUGGUUUGCUCUGAGUAGGUGUGCGUUGAUAUUGGGUCUAUUCGUUAAUGUUGGGCCACUUGCAGCAUAUUAUCAAGUACCCUUGCGCCACAUCCUACUGGUAUAUGAUGAAAUGAGCUUACCAAAUGGAGUUUUGAGGCUUCAGCCAAAAGGAGGACAUGGCCAUCACAAUGGGGUGAAGAGCGUAAUGCAACAUUUAGAUGGCCGUCGAGAAUUUCCUCGGUUUUGCAUAGGUGUUGGAAACGCUCCUGGUACAAUGGAUAUUAAAGCUUUUCUUCUUCAGAAGUUCAGUGCCUUGGAAAGGGAACAGGUGGAUGCUGCACUGGAACAAGGUGUUGAGGCCGUUAGGACACUUGUCACAGAAGGAUUUAGCAAUCGGAUUAAUAGGUUUAAUAUUGGGCAGAAGUACAAAUAUCACAAAGUUUAAUUGCAUUCGCUUGUGAUAAAGACUUCCUAUUUCUUUUGUUUCGUUUAUUAACUUUCCCCGCAAUCACCACUAAUCCUUUUUUUUUAUCAUUUAUAUUUUGUAAAAAAAUUCUCCCUAAACAAAAAAAGGAAAAAAGAAAAAAUCUCUCAUGGGUGGUCGAUUCUCUUCAAUAGGAGCUGCUUGCUAUUCUGUUGCCGUUAGGGGGUCUUUGUUUCCGUCGGUUGGUGUGUAGUUUUCCUUGUUAGGUUUUAACUGCUUUCUUGGUAAUAUAGUAUGUCUUUGUGUUCGGGGUUUUUGUCUAGGGUUCUCUUUGCAGGCUUUGAGGAUGGAAUCUCAUUCUAUCAUAUUAGACAUGCGUACAAUCUUUACUUAUUUACUUUUCGGUUUGAUAUCACAUACACAGAAAUG